CACUCGUACACACUUUUGAACACUGUCAGCGAACGGCAUAGAGCACUGGCACACUUUCCUUCCUUUACAAGUUUACACUUAGAUGCUUGAGGUCUUAACCAUCUGUUUUGUCUGCUGUUUACGGACGACCAACAGUUUCGAUCGUUCCUUGUAAUAUAUUUACCUUUAAUACUUGGUACUUUAUGCUGGCCGUAAUACGUCUGCAUGUUGCACAGAAUGCAACAAUACCCAUAGUUUUUCGCACACGAUUUCCUCUUCGAGUGUAAGGCGUUAUAUGCAAGUGUGCAACUAACGCUUCCCAUCUAAAGAAUCCAAUAAAAUCGGCCUGUCUUUGAAGAUUUUGAUCUUUGAUUCCGGUGAUUUCUGAUUAGCCCAAAAGAGAGCGCCAAAAGUCCAUUCUCUUACUGCUGCAGCAGACUUUUCUUAUGAGCGAGGCGAUCAAAUGACCGGGAACAUAUAGAACUUCAUCUGACAAGUAACAAGCUAUUGGAGAGAAUUUGAGUUGUUGAUGCUGUCCGGUCAUCCGACGAUUAAAUCCACUGUCUGUGUGUAUACGUAUUGCUCUGGCGAGUGUAUGUACAAUACCAUUGCUGCACUGCAUCUUCCACUCUCUCCAUCCAUCCCAUCCGUGUUCUGCCGCUGAAUACUCUGCCUUGAAACUGUCCCGAUAGAGGAAAUAACUAACCAAAUUUUCUCAAGAGCAACCACAGCAUCGCAUAUCAAACAAUCCACCACAACUUUGCGCUGUCUCUUAUCGGUGUCUCUAAUCACUCUGCGCAUUAAGGGAUGGCUUAAAACGCCAAGAGUGGAAAUGGAUGGAAUAUCAAAGCACAACAUUUGAGGCAUAAUCACCCACAGUUCGUCAUUUACCAGUGCAUUGAUAGCAGCCAGCUUGCUCCAAUCAUUACCGGGGCCAACAAAAUCCGAUAAAGCGCCUGCGCCACACUGCAUUCUACUGGCUUUGCUUGAUCCGACCCGGCUCGAUUACUCCAAAAAUUGUGGCCGCUUUUUUCCGCAACGUGAAUACCGUGGUUUUUAUCCGAAAUCUCCCCACUGUGAUCUAUGCGGUUUUUUUUCGGUGGAUUAUGCGUAUAUAUAUGUUCCGCACUGGCAUCCGGUGUUAUUCAUGAUCAGUUUAUAUUGAUUGCGUGUUCAUAUAUCGGUGGAGUGGAGUGCGCCACUAACGCCAGCUAAAGAGCCGUUUUGCUGGAAGUGACAACAUUAUACGCAGUUCGUGGCCGUGUGUCUAUGCGGUUCGGUGUGAUUAUUAACAUUGUUGUAUGCACAGUGGGAAGACCUAACACUCGCACUUAGAGGAAGGGUGCCUGCCUGUGUGAACCGGAUUGCGCCAUGCUGCCAAAACUGUCGCUUAACGACAUGUCAACAGGAAGACGGGAAUCCUGGAUGUGGCCUGUGUUUUCUUUAGCUUUCUUUGUAUGUGUGUGCCUUGUGGAUGCGAGGCAAGUUGGUAAUAGCGCGGCAGAUAGUAGGAAUUUGCCAGCAGUCCAAUCCUCCCGGCCCGUUGAGCUGGCAUGGGGAAUAUCGGAAGUGCAUGCCACAUUAGGGAAGCUCUUCAAUUUCACUAUACCAAAGGAUGCUUUUGAUGGGGAAAUUACUGAUAUAAAGGUCGGGGAAGUUGAUCGCUCUGCUCUUCCUAAAUGGCUCAGCUUUGAUACGGUUACACGCACCUUCACCGGUCUGCCUUUUCAAGAAAGCGACCUAGGAACACACUAUAUCGCCGUGACCGUGUUAGGCCCGCAUGAAACAUCAGCCAAAGAUGUCUUUUCCCUCGUAGUGGAGGAAACAUCCGGCCAAUCUCGCUGUUCCUCCGAAGCAGCGGAAACCGUUUUAACCCUAAUGCUGGAUGUCGACUGGGCCAACAUGAACAUGUACGAGCGGAUCAGCCUGCUCUCCAAAUUUAGCAAUUACUUGGACAUUCCGGCCAGUAAUCUGAAAGUAUCCCAUGUGAGCGGAAGUAGUAGCCCGUCGGCGCUACUUGACUCCUCCGCUCUGAUUGCCGGACCGGGUAAUGCUAAGGAGGUUAAGUAUCCGGGCGUGAAAGUGUCGGCGGUGGUGGGCUGCGAUGGGAAUUUGGAUGGUAAUCAUAAGGAUUUGGCGGUGUUUGUCGAUGAAUCCGCCCGGGAUGGCUCGAUGGCCCGCUUCACCGGUGUGGAUAUUGUGGGCUGGCAUCUGACCACCACCAAACCCGUACCGGCGCCCCGUUUGCGCCGGCAGUCCAAUUUCCUGCAUACCGCGGAGCCGACGCCGAUCGAGCCCACCGUGGCGGUCGUCCCGCAUGGAUCGGUCCAUCCCACACCAGCCCUCAGCGCCGGCGUGGUGGUACAGACGCACGGCUACGGAGAGUCCAGCGCCUACCCCGGCAUUCAGCCCACGGCAACACUGGAGUAUGCCGUUACGCCCACGGCAGCCUUUGAUGAAUUUGGUACAUCGCCCAUCGUUAUCACACCGCCGCCGGUUCUCCCGCCACCACGACCAUCGAGACCGGGCGAUCAUCGUAUUAACAAACCUCCGACUCCCGCUGCAUGGCCACAAGGAGGCGUUUCGGAGGUGGUUGGCAAAUACAUCCAUUACAAGUUCAUUUCGGCCCCCUUUAAAGAUCCCGACACAGCCGACCUGACCGUCACCCUGGAUCAGAAGAUUGACUGGCUGGAGAUUGCACGCGAAGGCGAUACUUACGUCCUUCGCGGUAUGCCCAUGGAGGAAAACAUUGGCGAGUACAAAAUCAAUGUGACCGUGGAUGAUGGUGUGAACACGCUGCGGCAUCCCGAACCGUUGAUGGUCCAAGUGCUUCCCGUGAAGAACGAAGCCGACACAGUGAGCGAGAUUGAUGUGACACUGGAUGAGCCGUUUGAUGGAUUUAAGAAGGACCGACGUGUCUUGUUCGUGGACACAUUGCGUUCGUAUUACCAGGAUCCCCACGGCAAAAACAUUCGUCUCCGUUCCAUUAAGAAAGGCUCGACACAAGUAGCCUGGGUGAAUGAGACGUUGAACGCGAAGGCUUGUAGUGAUCCCGCUAUUAGUGAAGUCUCCAAGCGGGUCGUCGAUGGCGAUAGCGUUAAUCCACAGUUUAGCCAGCAUUUCGCCUCAGCCGGCUUUAAGGUUACUAAGGCUUCUGCACAUAAAAUCGGGAAGUGUGCAGGCGCUAACGCCGAGAAGACGAGCAGUAAUGACAUCUACAUUUCAACGGUUGUGCCGGCAGUUGUCGUCUCAUCUUUACUGUUGUUGGCCUGCUGUAUUGCCUGCAUCCUGUUCAGGAAGCAUCGACGGGGCAAGAUGAACACCGGCGAACAGGAUACGGUGUGGAAGUCGCAUAACAAACCUGUUAUCCUUCCAGGCGAAAACAGUGACAAUAACCAGAAAGGACACAACGGAGCUGGUAAAAAGCCCACCGUCUUAACACAGGAGCGUCCCGGAGCCACCCCGGUGAGCCCGCCCACAUACUCUAGUAGCUCAACACGCUAUCCCGGUGCUCAUGGCCAUGAUUACGACGAGAGACAAAAUGAUCCCUUAUUACACCACCACCAGCCACCCAUUGUGGUCACAGAAACCCAAGUGCGCGAUACGAAACCCCAAUCUCAACCGCUAAGGUCAGCAGGCACCCGUCCGUGAGAACCCUGUCGUCAGACAAAGCCUGGCACGAGAAAGAAAUCCACUUUGUAUUUUUUGCAUUUUCUUCCGUUUUUCGUUUGUUCGUGUGGUCUUUUUUGUGUAUGUUGUCAUGAGAAAAAGCUUUAGCCACAAAAAGGUAUUAACUACCAGUGGGACAUCCAAACUGACCAAGAAUAGAUGGGUGGGUUCGGGAGCUGGCUCAGUGUGGCCAGAGAGCGCAGAAACGCCCUUGUUAAUUGUUGUGAUGAUCGCUUUUGUUAAUCCAGCAAGUUUUGUUUUUAGACUCUUUCUAAUCUAGUGAUGGUCCUCUUUCUUAUUCCUUUUUAAUCAUACUGACACUGCUGAGUCUGACGUUCAUUUAGUUUUUUGGUUGUUGUGUUCUUUCUCUUUAAUGUUGCAGCUUGCCUUAUUGAUAGUUUACGUCAGUUCAGUUGUAAGUAGUUUUCCAAUUAUUGACCGAUGUAUUAUUGUCAGCGUUUAUUCACAAUGUCAGUGUCUUUUUCUAUUUCAGUUGUGUGAGUUCUGUUACAUGCCUUACAAAUCAAUAAUAAGAAAAGAAUUAUACAUCA